CAAUAAUCGAUUUCAAGUCCGUCUUCCUCCCAACCCUGAACGGCUUCUCUCGUCUCGUUCAUCUUUCACACCUUCUUCAAGCUUCCUCUCAAGAAAACGCGAAGAAAAAUCGAACUCUGAAUUCCAAAUCCCUAGUUCUGUCAAAUUCGUAUUUUAUUGCCUGAAAUUCUUUUGCUGUCGACUGAACUUUUCCGAGCGGAUCGAGUCUUGAUUCUCACUCGAUCCGUGUUGGGUCUGCAAAUUUAGCUUCUUGGACUUCCAUGGGUGGCGCUUGAGCUUGGAGUUGGGGCCAUAUUCUGCAAGGUUCCGUGUUGGGUUUGCUUGUUUUGUUCCCGUUGAAUCCUGAGAAAUUUUACCGCGUUUUAAGAGUUGGGUUUGUCGUGAAGUUGCUUUCUGUUCGUGGGUUCGAGUGGUUUAUCGUUGAUUUGGGUGGGAGGAACUUCCCAUGGAGUAUGAACCGUCGGAUAGCAGCGGAACAGACGAUGACCUUCCUCCUCCUCAUCAAAAUAGAUUUCAAAGGGGUGGAGUUCCUGCUGGGAAUGGAAGAUCUGCACCGAUAAAUUCUUCUACGUUACCUAGGAUGCAUGGUGAUAUGGAAAUGCAGAUCCACCAAAUCGAGCAGGAAGCAUAUAGUUCAGUCCUGCGUGCUUUUAAAGCUCAAUCCGAUGCAAUUACAUGGGAGAAAGAAAGUUUAAUAACAGAAUUAAGAAAGGAAUUGAGAGUAUCAGAUGAGGAACACAGAAAACUUUUGUCGAGGGUAAAUGCAGACGAUGUCAUCAAAAGAAUAAGGGAAUGGAGAACAACAAAUGGGCUCCAACCUGGAAAGCUCAAUUCUGAUCAACCCAUGGCCGAUCUCGUACCGAGCCCCACUGCCUCAGCAUCACGGAAGAAACAAAAAACAUCCCAAGGUGCACCUACAUCUGCAAUACCCACUGGUACGCAACCAUCUUCAUCAGCCUUAAGACGUGGUCCACCCCCUGGAGCUAGAACUACAAAGACAAAAUCAUCCAUGCAUACAGGUCUUACGGGAAGUGGCCAAGUGAAUAAUCGAGGAUCUUUAGGAGCCUUUGCUUCAAAUGAAAAUGCUGAAGCAGCGACCCACGAACCAUUAAUUGGACGGAAAGUUUGGACUAGAUGGCCUGAAGACAACAGUUUCUAUGAGGCUGUUAUAACUGAUUAUAACCAUGCCGAGGGCCGUCAUGCUUUGGUGUACGAUAUUAAUACAGCGCACGAGACAUGGGAAUGGGUCAACCUUAAAGAGAUUUCUCCUGAAGAUAUUAGAUGGGAACGAGAGGAUUCGGUAUUAUCUCGCAGUGGCGCACGCCCUGGGCACGGGAGGGGCAGUAAGAAGUCCAUGACACGAGGCGGUGCAGUUGCUGCUGGUGGAAAGGGUAGAGGAACCACGAAGGGUCAAUCGAGGAAAGACUUGCCCGUAGCUCAUAAUGGAUCUCGGAAGCAGGCUAUGGGUGAUAUUGAAAUACUUCACACAGACACGCUGAUUAAGGAGGUGGAAAAAGUAUUUGGUGCUAAUAAUCCAGAUCCCAUGGAGAUUGAAAAGGCUAAGAAAGUGCUGAAAGACCAUGAGCAAUCCCUUGUCGACACGAUUGCAAGGCUCGAAGAUGCAUCCGAUGGUGAAAGUGCAGAUGGGAGAGAACCAUAUUCUCAAGGACAAUCAAUGGUUCGUGUAUGACGAUCAAGUGGCCGAAGCUCCGAAAUGGCAAAGAAUCAAAAUGCUUAAACCUGCAGCAGGCCUGCCAAUGAUCGAUGAUGACAACGGUGAUGAAACGAUUUUGUUGAAUGGAAAACUCAGCAGCAUGCUCGCUCCGUUGUGGCGUUUUCAACCAACCGUGCAGUUACUGAUGCCUUGCCUUUUGUUUAUUGAUUGUACUAAGAGUUGUUGUCUUAUUUUGAUCCCUAGCUUUAACUUCAGUAGAAAUAUUCUGUGUAAAACUUAUUCUAUAGUCAAUAGAAUCUCUUGUAGAUUAGUAGC